CCUCGACGCUCCUUUGCGUACCCCCCCUCGCCGACCAUGGCGCGCGUCUUUGCCGCCGUCAGUCUCAGCGACUGUAACAUUAGCAACCAAGAUCAAACCACGCCCUACACCGGACCUGACGCAUUCGGCGCAUUUCAGAGCGUGUUCCGACAAGUGGCGGCCGUGCCGCCGCAUCAUUCCGAAAGUGAGGGACGCGCGAAGAAGCGGCGCAAGCUGCUCAACAGCCACCAUGCAAACGUGCAGGAGUCCUUUGACCCAAGUAAGAGUGCUGUGCUUGCAACAGUCAUGUUAGACCUGGCUCCUAGCGAAAGUCAGACUCCGCCCUCCCUUCCGAACGAUGCGCGUACCUCGAUACCGCUGCAACUGGCAUCGUUCUCCCGGCAGGAUGAGAGCCGGAUAACGUUAUCAGUGUUCGAUCCCGCCACCUCGACGACCCUCGCUAUCUGUGCUAGUGCCGCACCCGCAGUGCUCGAAUCGCUUGCGACGCAUCUCGAGACAGCCGCAUCGGUUGGCGCGGAGUGGGAGAAGUCCUCGCCAAGCUCAAGGAACGAUUACAUUCCCUUCUGCCGUUGCGUUCUUUUGGCUCCUUCAUCGGACCAACAAGCACCACGCUUGGAAAUUGAGCUGCGCUGGCCUUUUGGUGCCUCCUUGGUCGGCACCUGGAGGGCAAGGUUUCAGCACCGUGCGAACUUCAAAAUCUUGUCCACAUAUCUUCCGAACACCUCUGCCGGAGACAAGUCUCCAUGGACGCUUUCUGACUUCUACGAUGCUGUUCACGUCCCGCCGCAGAAUAGCGACAUCCCCGCCCGCCUGGCAGACAGCUUGCCCUCGACUACCUUGUACCCUUACCAGCAACGAUCGGUACAAUGGAUGAUGCAACGAGAGGGAGCGUCUCCAACACCUGAACUUAACAAAUACCCGGUAUCAUUCUCUCCUGCUCAGGAUUGUACAGGGAAGAAGUGCUACGUCAGUGGUGCCCGUGGCAUGGUGGUCGAUAAUUUGGAACGGGACUGGGAUUCGACUGGCCUACACGGAGGCAUCUUGGCCGAGGAGAUGGGUUUGGGAAAGAGCGUUGAGCUGAUCUCGCUCAUGUGUCUCAACAAGCGAGACAUCACCAAGGAGGACGUGCACGACCUGUACCUUGGCAAGACUGUCAAGGCUUCUAGUGCCACGUUGAUCAUCACACCGCCUGCUAUUCUCGAGCAAUGGAGGACAGAAAUCAACAGGCACGCACCUCAUCUUAAGGUUUUCCACUACCAGGGCAUGGCUCGACAAGGGCUUUCCAAGAAUGGAAUUGACGAGACAACAGUUGAGCAUUUACUUCAGUUUGACGUCGUCUUAACGAGUUACAAUAUACUCUCAAGAGAGUUGCAUCACGUUACACCCCCGCCUGAUCGUUCACUACGACGCAAGAAGGUACACGAACGUCGAAACAGUCCAUUGGUAGACAUAUCCUGGUGGAGGGUAUGUCUUGAUGAAGCCCAGAUGGUGGAAAGCGGCGUUAGUCAAGCUGCUACGGUCGCUCGUAUCAUACCCCGUUGCAACGCCUGGGCCGUAUCUGGUACGCCCCUUCGGAACAAUGUCACGGAUCUUGUCGGUCUGCUAGUCUUCCUGCGCUGUGAGCCAUUUGCCAGUACCAAGGAUCUUUUCGGACGCUUAGACAAGACUUCCUUCCGAGAUUUGAUAUCCCGCAUGGCCUUGCGGCACACAAAGGAUCAGAUCCGCAGCGAGCUCGACAUACCUCCCCAGAGACGCGUUGUCAUUACGGUGCCGUUUACUGAGAUUGAGGAAGAGUAUUACAAGGAUAUGUUCCGCCAGAUGCACGAAGCGUGCUUUCUCAAUUCCGAGGGCGUUCCUAUUCGCGACGACCGAGGACUCGACCAUCCUGAAACUAUCGAGCGGAUGCGUGACUGGCUGGUACGGUUGCGACAAACUUGCCUACACAGCCACGUGGGUGAAAAGAACAGGAAGGCUUUCGGCACCAAAAACAAGACCCUUCGCACAGUUCAAGAAGUACUUCAAGCGAUGAUCGACCAGAACGACACGAAGCUCAAAGCAGAAGCUAGAGAUAUGAUUCUAUCUCAAUUGAAGUGCGGUCAUAUCUGUGCCUUCACUAAGAAUCUCACAAAUUCCUUCGACAAAGCCAUUCUCAAGUAUCAGGAAGCACUACAGAGUGCCUUAUAUUAUGUGAAAUCUUGCCGAGAAGAGGUCCAGGCCGAAGCAGAUGCACUGCAGCUGACCGAUUCAGGAGAUGCAUCUGAGCAUGAGGGCUCUGAUGGUGCCGAUGACAGAGAAGAGACAAGCGCCAAAUUUGCUCGCAUUACCACUCUCCGCAGGUCACUCCGGUCAUUCCUCGAGCUAGAGCAUGCGUGCUACUUCUUUAUCGGCAACUUGCAUUAUCAGAAGAAGGAUAACAUUGCCUUAACAAUGCCUGAUUCAGACGAAUUCCAUCAGCUGGAGAAGCUAGAGAAGGAAUGGUACGACAAGGCUCAAUUUAUCCGGCAGGAGCUCCUAAAGGAGACAGAGGGUCGCGCUCAAAAACAAAUGCGAAAGAUAAAAGACUUGACGAAUCAGCAUCAAAGGUUGGAGUUGACUGAGAUUGAAGAUCUUGGUGGUAUCGAGAGCAGCAGUGUGCUUGAAAAAUUGGACGUCAUCUCCAAUGUCAUUAAUACGCAGAGUGCGAAACUGAAGGAGUGGCGGAACAAGAUCAUCGAGAUCCUGACUAUGCCCCUCGUCGACAAUGACGAGGGGAACGAGACCACCGGUGAAGAGUACGAAACCUCGCUCAAAGUCCAGGACGAGCUUUACGUCUAUAUUCAGGCAUUCCGUACGAUUGUCGCCGAUAUGAUGGCAUCAGUGCAGGGGACAGAGGACAGGCUUGUCAAUCACGAGAUGGACCAAGCAGUCAGGCAAGCUCGUGAUGAUGACCCUGCCAGACGCGGACAUGCCCCUGAACUUCUCCUCCAGCUUGCUCAAGAACGUGGAAGACUUCGGUCGAAACCAGAGCACGGUUCGCUCAAAGGUGUCGUAGCUUCUGCUCGCCAAUUGAUUACUUCACUACAGUACCGAGCUGAUACGGCAGACCAGCGAGCCGCUGCGGAACUAGCCAUUGUCCAAAAGUAUUUUACACAAAUUCAAAAGAUGUUCACGAUGGAGAAUGAACUCACCGCCGACUUGGAGAAAGAACAAGAACAGUUCCGACUUACGAUGAACUUGCGCUUGGAAUUCUAUCGUCAAAUUCAACACAUCUCCGAAACUGUGGAAGACUACAAGGACAAAAUGGAUGAUAGUUUCGAUUUCCGAGCGUACGGGACACAGGAAGGCCUGAUAGGUAUUCGGAAGAUGAAGAUCCAGGGAUUCAAGGUCAGACAGACGUAUCUGCACAAUCUACGAACUAGUGCCACUGAACCGCAGGGUCCACGACGAUGUGACGUCUGUUUUGAGUCUUACGAUCUCGGUGUGCUGACCACAUGUGGCCACAAGUACUGCCGAGAUUGUAUGUUCACAUGGUGGAAGCAGAAUCACAACUGUCCGGAGUGUAGGACUCAACUCACCCGUGCCGAUAUGAAGGAGAUCACGUACAACCAAAACGACAUCGCCACAGCCCAGGAAGAAGACCAUUCUGCCGCAACGCCCCCAUCACCUAGCUCUAGCUCCUCUGGUAGCAUGUCCAUCUAUUCCGGCAUCCGAGACUCUACCAUGAACGAGAUCAAAACGGUCAAGCUUGAUGACUCGUAUGGAUCGAAGGUUGACAUGAUGGCGAAACAUCUGCUUUGGAUCCGGAACAACGACCCAGGCGCCAAAACUAUCAUCUAUUCUCAGUUCGCCGACUUUCUGAAGGUUCUUCGAAUGGCACUGAAGAGGUUCAAGAUCGGGGUUAGCGGUAUCCGCGACACGAACGGCAUCGAGAAGUUCAAGAAUGACCCCUCGGUGGAGUGUUUUCUGCUGGACGCAAAGUCGAAUUCUUCGGGUUUGAACCUAGUCAAUGCGACAUAUGUCUUUUUGUGCGAACCACUCAUCAACCCAGCUUUGGAGCUGCAGGCCAUAGCACGAGUGCAUCGAAUCGGACAAAAGCGCGCCACAACAGUGUUCAUGUACAUUGUCGGUAACACGGUCGAAGAAGCCAUCUACGACAUAUCGGUAAAGCGUCGCUUGGAGCACGUAGGACGCGAUGCUGGGUCCCGCUCUGGUACAGCGACUCCCGCCGUAAACGAGCAAGUGAUCGAACGCAACCUGGACGUCGCCAAUUCCGAAGAGAUCAAGACAGCAGCUCUCAGCAAGUUGGUACGCGAAGGCAACCAUGGCGAAGUUGUCGUCGAAGACGAUCUCUGGAAGUGCUUGUUCGGAAAGCCGAGGAACACUGGUCCUGCCAAUGGGCACGCGGCGACGGAGAAUGAGAGGAUGCGACUCGAAACCCGCAUACGGAGGGAGCAUUUCCUCCAGCAGAUGGAUGCCCUUGAUACACCUGGUACAAGCACUUCGCAGAUCAUUAUACAGACGGCGGAGGACAGGGCUGCUGUGGAUGCGGCGGUGUCGAGUGGCGACAUGGACGAAUUGCGAGGACUGCUGGACAACGUACGCGAAAGAGAGUGAGUUGCAGGUGCACCAGCUCUCGCUCGGGAGGCCAGCAGUGUCAGUUUGGGUUGGAAAUGCCGGCCGCAUAUCACGGCUCUUGGAUUUUAUGGCGCACGACGGAUGGAUGGAAAUACCCCUUGAACAAGACUUAUGAGCGAUUACAUGAGAUUCCAUUGGUAGAAAAUAUGAG